AUGAUCAUCUUCAGUCUGGAGGGAAUGACGCUGCCAGACCAGAAAUAUUCAGCUUGCAGUGGCAUUGCAAGCAUCAUCAGUGCUCCAGUGAAAGAGCGUGAGCCUGUAUUGGGACAACGCUCACAGCAACCUCUCUGCCGGGCCACGUUUCCAGCAUUUGAUGAUGGCUGGAUCUGUGCGAUCACCACGGAGUACACCGCAGCCCAUGCCUUCUUGGACGAAAAGCAUGAGGGCCUAGCGUAUCUACCACCCCAUAACAGAAGCAACUAUACAGUGGGCAAAAUGGGAGGCACAACGUGCUCAUACGGCAAAUCGUCAGCGACGCAAAUCGCCGAUGAUAUGCUAUACGGCUUCCCGAAUGUGCGAAUCGGUCUCAUGGUCGGCAUUGGUGGCGGCGCACCAAGCCCACGAAAUGAUAUUCACCUUGGGGAUGUUGUCGUGAGCAUCCCAUCUGACAUCCGACCGCUAACUGCCGUUCUUAUUGAAGCCGUGAAUGAACUCCGAGCCCAGUAUGACAACGAGGGCUAUCGACUGGAAGAGGCGAUCACGACAGCCCUUGACAAAUAUCCAAGGUUACGUAAAAAGUACAAGCAGCCAAGCCCAGAGAGUGACUGGUUGUAUAAGAGUCACAUCUUCCAUCCGUUAGGAAGCGGAUCAAAUUGUGCUAUUACUUGCGGCCAGGAUCUGGCUACCUUGGUCGUCCGGGAUCCAUGCUCUAAAGAAGAAGACAAACUAGUGAUACGCUAUGGUUUGGUUGCAUUGGCCGAUCAGCUCAGCAGGGAUGCUCUCGUUCGCGAUAAAUUGGCGGCAGAGAAGGGGAUCUUGUGUUUUGAGACGGAAGCAGCGGGUCUAAUGAAUCAUUUCCUUUGUCUCAUCAUUCGCGGAAUUUGUGACUACUCUGAUUCUCAUGAGAACAAGAAAUGGCAAGGAUAUGCUGCGAUGGUGGUGGCCCCCUAUUGGAAGGACCUCUUAUGUCGAUUUAGAGCCGAAGUGAUCUGGACAGUCUGUCUGCGAAAGUCGAUAGUCAGGGGCCAUGUAUGUAACUACUUGAGUGUUGAAAGGAUAUCGAAAGCGUUUGCAUGGGCACCUUCCAGCAGUGACCGAGUGGGAUGGUCACCAGAAAAGACGACUGAGAAAGCGAUGCAUCGCGUGCUGUGCUCUUUACUAGAAUCUCGAUCGUUGUACAUCACCUCAAGACAGUCGAAACCACUUCGAAUUUUGCACGGCUCAAAACACAAACCCAAACCCAAACCGCUUGCUUUCAACGCUCAUCAUCCCAUCUCCGAAUCACCCCGCACCGCAUCAGUGCAAACCUACAGAUCGAUUAAAGCAAUGGCUUCAUACGAGGUCGAACACAACAUAGACGACCUUUACACACCACCAAUCCAAUCCCGUCCCCGCCGUCCAGAUCUAUCCACCUUCUUCGCAACUCUAUCCGAAAUCACACCCAACCCCUCCGAAACCCGGGCACGAGAACACGCCGUCCCUGUACCGGGGGAUGUCAGCGCGGCCUUUCGUUCACUUGCUGAAGCAUUUGAUUAUAUAAGACGGGAACAUGAUAUAGGCAGUGCCGGCGGCGCUGAGGCUGGAGGUGACCAGCAUGAUCAAGCGUUGAUUGAUCAGAUGAUUGAGACGUUGUUACAAGGUGCUGAUAUGCCGCCGAGGGAAGUUGAGGGUGUCAGUGAGGAGUUUUGCGAUACUCUCGAUCGCAUCCCCCGCUCAUCCCUCAAGCCAUCCCAAUCAUGUCCCAUAUGCAGCAAUCCAUUCCUAGACGACCCAUACCCACUCGUCGUCCGUCUGCCGUGUCAUCCUACCCAUCUCUUUGAUCUUGAAUGUGUGCGUCCCUGGCUCCGACUCAGGGGAACAUGUCCACUCGAUCGUACGGAUUUUGGGAAGAAGCAGCGCGAGAAAGAUGCUGAACGAAGGAAACAGGCUGAAAAACGGAGAGCGGCUUUGGCUGCGCCGGAGCCGAAUGAUGAUGAGGAUGAGGAGUGGGAUGGGAUGUAUGCUUAACGAAAUUACAAAUAAGUGAAUAUAAAUCUAUUUAAGAUCUAUUCGUUCUGUUAUUAUUAACCCCGAAUAUGCAAUAGGCUUUGUAGGUAUGUACAUCAUAUAUCAUCCAUGAAUCUUUCGUACAAUCGUAUCAGUCAUGCAACUCAUAAAGCAAACUACUCAUCCAAAACCUCUUCAACCACAUUCGAAGUCGAGGAAGAAGGCACCACUUUCUGAAUAGUCAACUUCCCCACACCAUCAACAACCGCCUCAUGUCCCGUCUUCGCCAACACGCCACUAUCAUCCCUCACGACUUCUCUCGCCUCGAGUUCCUCAACAAUCUUCUGAUUCUCCUUAUUAUUCUCAAGCAAAAACUUCAAACACAUAACUGCAUGUUCCUUCAUGUAUGGGUUAUGUGCAUCAA